CGCGCACACCAUGGGAGCCGUGACUGACGACGAAGUCAUACGGAAGCGUCUCCUAAUUGAUGGAGAUGGCGCUGGAGAUGAUCGGAGAAUUAAUCUGCUAGUGAAAAGUUUCAUUAGAUGGUGCAACUCUGGAUCCCAGGAAGAGGGAUACAGCCAGUACCAACGUAUGCUGAGCACACUGUCCCAAUGUGAAUUUUCAAUGGGCAAAACUUUGCUGGUAUAUGAUAUGAAUCUCAGAGAAAUGGAAAAUUUUGAAAAAAUUUACAAAGAAAUAGAAUGUAGCAUUGCUGGAGCACAUGAAAAAAAUGUUGAGUGCAAAAAGCAAAUUCUUCAAGCAAAACGAAUACGAAAAAAUCGCCAAGAAUAUGAUGCAUUGGCAAAAGUGAUCCAGCGUCAUCCAGACAGGCGUGAGACAUUAAAGGAACUAGAGGCUCUGGGAAAAGAAUUAGAGCAUCAUUCACAUAUUAAAGAAAGUGUUGAAGAUAAGUUGGAAUUGAGAAGGAAACAGUUUCACGUUCUUCUUAGUACCAUCCAUGAACUUCAGCAAACAUUGGAAAAUGAUGAAAAGCUCUCAGAGGUAGAAGAAGCUCAAGAAACAAGCAUGGAAACUGAUCCUAAACCACAGACCAAUUAAUCACUCACCAUUCCCAAGAAUAUUGAAGUAGCAACAUGAUCUUAGUGUGUUCAGAAUUUGU